GAAAUUUUUGUCCGACAUUUGCGACGGUCAGCAUCAUUUGUGUGGAGGUCUUCAACAUAAAGGCAUGAAUAAUUUACCGGCUAAUUCGGGACAUUCACGUGGACGUGGUCGCGGUAAUAAGCGCAAUGAAGAAUUGAGUCAAAGACAGGGUCCUCAGUUGGGUCAACCUGCUCAAACGUCUGCCCCGCGGCAGCCGCCAGUUCGCACUGAAUCUGAAUCGAGUGGCCAACAGGAACAGGCAAGAAAACCCACAGAUCUGGGUUCGGCAGAAUGUGCCGAGGGUGAUGCUCGUGGCUCGGUUCGAGGCCGCCGUGUACUUACCGACGUGGUUCAUUCUCGGCCUUCUGGACUAAUUACGAAGGCGGGUUUUACAGGCCGUAAAAUAACUGUUCAAACCAAUUAUUAUAAAGUCCAAAAGCGCCCCAACUGGACCAUUUAUCAGUAUCGAGUAGACUUCUCUCCAGAUGUCGAUAAUACGAGGCUGCGCCGAGGCUUACUAAGCGAGCACCGCCAACUCUUGGGUGGCUACAUAUUUGACGGAACGGUUUUGUUUUGCACCACCAAGUUUAAGGAAGGGACUAACUCGUCAAACGUUUUGGAGUUAGUGACUAAAAGUCGGGCUGGUGAAACUAUACAGAUAAAGAUAAAAAGUGUCGGCACCGUUGAGGCAGCCGACAAUCAACAGUUCCAGGUACUUAAUCUGAUCCUACGCCGUGCCCUGGAGGGACUUAAGCUUCAAUUGGUAUCACGUAAUUUCUUUGAUCCACAAGCAAAGGUUAUCCUAGAUCGCUUCCGCGUUGAGCUAUGGCCCGGCUAUACAACAUCAAUUCGUCAACACGAAUCCGAUAUUUUGUUAUGCACGGAGAUUGCCCACAAGGUGAUGAGAACGGAUAGCUUAUAUCAUGUUUUAUCAAAGGUCAUUCGCGAAAGCGACGACUACCAAGCUGCCUUCAAGCGUGAAGUAAUCGGCGUGAUUGUAUUGACCGACUACAAUAAUAAAACCUAUCGCAUAGAUGAUGUUGACUUUGUUUCGUCGCCAAUGUCGACAUUCAAUACCAAGGAUGGCGACAUUACUUAUGUAGAAUACUACAAAAAACGCUAUAACAUCACAAUUCGAGACUACAAACAGCCGCUGCUAGUGUCUCGCCCAACAGAGAAGAAUAUUCGCGGCGGAGUCAGUCAACUUAUUAUGUUGAUACCUGAAUUGGCACGCGCUACAGGAUUGACCGAUGAAAUGCGCUCAAACUUUCAAUUAAUGAAAGCCAUGAGCGAACACACCAGACUGACGCCUAAUCGCCGCAUUGAACGAUUGCGCGUGUUUAAUCAACGCCUGCAGCAGUCGCAGCUGAGCGCCGAAGUGAUGAAGUCCUGGCACAUUGAAUUGGACACGGCCUUGGUCGAGAUACCCGGACGUGUUCUGCCGCCGGAGAAAAUUGUGUUUGGUAAUCAAAAGCGCUACUUGUGCGAUGCCCGCGCCGACUGGACUUUCGAGUUUCGCAACAACUCAAUGUACAAGCAUGUGGACAUAAAGCGUUGGUAUGUCAUAACACCACGUCGCAAUCUCCGGGAAGCUCAGGAGUUUGUCAAGCUAUGUAUACGGGCAGCUGGUGGCAUGAAAAUGCAUAUCGCCGAGCCAAGAUAUGAUGAAAUGUCAGACGAUCGCAAUGGCAACUAUUCGCAGGCGAUCGAUAAUGCCUUUGCCAAGGAUCCACAAAUUAUCAUGCUGGUUAUGAAAUCACCAAACGAGGAGAAAUAUAGUUGCAUCAAGAAGCGCACUUGUGUGGACCGCCCCGUGCCAUCACAAGUGGUAACACUCCGUACAAUUGCGCCACGUGCCGAAAAAUCAGGUGGCCUAAUGUCGAUUGCUACAAAAGUUGUUAUCCAAAUGAAUGCCAAGCUAAUGGGCGCUCCUUGGAUGAUUGAGCUACCGCUAAAGGGCCUAAUGACUGUCGGCUUUGACGUGUGUCACUCGUCGAAGAAUAAAAAUAAAUCCUAUGGUGCCCUGGUAGCUACCAUGGAAAUGAAAUCAAGCGAACGCUACUAUUCAUCGGUAACGGAGCACAUGAAGGGCCAGGAACUCUCCGACCAAAUGUCAUUGAAUAUGACAUGUGCCUUAAAGGCAUAUCGUGAGCAUCACGGUGCUUUGCCAGAGCGCAUUUUAUUCUUCCGUGACGGUGUUGGCGAUGGCCAGCUCUAUCAAGUGGUCAACACUGAAGUUAAAUUUCUCAAGGAUCAGCUUGAUAAGAUCUACAAAUCAGCGGGCAAGGAUGAAGGUUGUCGGAUGGCUUUCAUUGUGGUCGCUAAGCGGAUUAACACACGUUACUUUGUCAAUAUGCGCAAUCCUGAACCGGGAACUAUUGUGGACGAUAUCAUCACAUUACCCGAACGUUACGAUUUCUUUUUGGUCUCGCAGGCAGUAAAGCAGGGCACAGUUUCUCCAACUAGCUACAAUGUUAUACACGACAACAUGGGCUUAAAUGCAGACAAAUUACAAAUGCUGUCAUACAAGAUGACGCAUAUGUACUACAAUUGGUCAGGAACGUGUCGGGUGCCAGCCGUCUGCCAAUAUGCUCAUAAGUUGGCUUUUCUUAUUGCCGAGAGUAUACAUCGUUCACCUUCGUCUGGCUUGGAAAACCAACUAUACUUUUUGUAAUGCUUUCUAAUACGAUAUAUAUACGAUAUAUAUAUGAAACGUCUUCAUUUGUAUUUAGAAAAGACAUUUGCGUCUACACAUUUCAAAGUGCCUGACAGGAUUUUAAUUUUUGUAACACCUACUAAUCGUACAUAUGAAAUAAGCAUAUGUAUUUCUUUAUAGUGGGGACAGUUGAUAUUUUUCCAAACCCGAAGUGGUUAUUUAAUUUGUAUUCAAGCGGACGAAAUAUCAAGUCGGAAAGACUUAGUCACAUGAUUGUGCUAAUUCUAUGAACAAUUUAUUUAACGCUGACUUGUAAUGCAUUGAUUGUAAUUAAUAUUAAUAAAACAUAAUUUUGUUUCCAA